AUGCUAGGCGCCGCCGCAUCUCUCCUUAACAUCCCUGUCGUAAUCCUAGACGUUGGUGCCCAAUCCCCAGCCAAACAAAUCCUCGCCCAACAGCAACACAUCGACGGAGCGUUCUCCGACCCAGUCAAGAUACGCGAGCUGGCCGCCAAAGUCGACGUGUUGACGGUCGAGAUUGAGCACGUGAAUGUCGACGUUCUUGAGGAAGUUCAGAAUAAUAGCGAGAAGAAGGUCGAGGUCCAUCCCAGUCCGUCGACUAUCAGGAUCAUCCAGGACAAGUACCGGCAGAAAGAACAUCUGUCCAAAUAUGGACUGCCAGUGGCGACGUCCAUAUCCGUAGACUCGACCGUACAAGCGAUCGAAGUGGCCGCCAACACCCUCGGCCUGCCUCUAAUGCUCAAAGCCAAAACACUCGCCUACGACGGCCGUGGGAACUUUGUCCUGCGCGAGCUGGCGCAGGCGAAAGAGGCCAUAGCGUUCCUCGGUGAUCGCCCGCUUUAUGCGGAGAAGUGGGUGCCGUUCCAGAAGGAGAUCGCUGUGAUGGUCGUACGCACGGUCGGAGGGGAGGUCGUUUCGUAUCCGGUCGUGGAGACGAUCCAUAAGGAUAACAUUUGCCAUCUCGUGUUUGCGCCGUUGCGGUCUUCGGAUCCUGCGUUGGCUACUCGUGCGCGUGCGGUGGCGGAGAAGGCUGUGCAGAGUCUGGAGGGCGCGGGGGUGUUUGGUGUGGAGAUGUUCCUCACCGAGUCCGGCGACAUCCUGGUAAACGAGAUCGCGCCCCGCCCACACAACUCAGGCCACUACACAAUCGAAGCCUGCGAAACCUCGCAAUACGAAAACCACCUCCGCGCGAUCCUCUCCCUCCCGCUCGGCUCAACAUCCCUCAAAGUCCCCUCUUCGGCGAUGCUCAACAUCCUCGGCUCAUCCUCCUCCGUCCAGCCCAUAACCGACUUCACAAACUUCGCGCUGACAGUGCCUGGAGCGAGCGUGCAUCUGUAUGGGAAGGAGGGGUGCAGGAAGGGGAGGAAGAUGGGGCAUGUUACUGUCGUUGCGGGUUCGGAUGCGGAGAGGAGGGAGAGGGUCAGGAUGUUGCUCGAGCGGUUGCCCGGCGGCACUACCCCACAAGAGCUCGAAUCAUACUCCUCGCCCGCCCCGUCACACUCAGACUCCAAUCCGCUUGUAGGGAUCAUCAUGGGCUCCGACUCCGAUCUUCCAGUCAUGCUCCCCGCUGCGCGGAUCCUCGAUCACUUCAAGAUCCCCUACGAGCUCACGAUCGUCUCUGCGCACCGCACGCCCGAUAGGCUCGUCGAGUACGCCAGAGGCGCGGCGCCGAGGGGUUUGAGAACGAUCAUUGCGGGUGCGGGUGGCGCGGCGCAUUUGCCCGGGAUGGUGGCGGCUAUGACUGCGUUGCCGGUUGUUGGGGUGCCGGUCAAGGGAAGCUCAUUGGACGGUGUUGAUUCGUUGUAUAGUAUUGUGCAGAUGCCUAGGGGCAUCCCCGUCGCGACCGUGGCCAUCAACAACGGGACGAACGCGGGCUUGUUGGCCGCGCGCAUCUUGUCGGCCGGGAUCCCGUCGCUCAUUGAGAAGAUGGACGCGUAUCUCAGGGGGUUGGAAGGUGAGGUCUUGACGAAGGUCGAUAAGCUGGAGGAGGUCGGGUGGGAGAAGUAUGAGGUGAAGCGGACGUAG